AAAAAAAUCGGAUGUGGAUGCGAGAAAGAGAAAAAAGGGCAGCAACAAUGUGACAGACAACACAGCCGCUCGGCUCAGAGUUGUAGAGGGUAUAAGCUCGGUGAACGGAGGGAGGGCAGACGCGAGCCAAGCCGAGCCGCAUGCUCGCUGUGCAACAAGGCGUACGGGAGCUAAAUAAUGAAGCGGCGGCCAGCAGCAUCCAGACAGGACCGAGGCGGUGUUUAGGGUCCUGCUAGCAUCGGACACACAAGGGACACAUGGACGAGGGGAAAAUAAAAGCCACGUUUUAGGCCCCCCCCCCAGCUGACCUCUGGGCUAAGUCCUGGCCGCGGGCUUCGUUGUCGGCGGGGCCAGCUCGACGGAUGUCUACGUGAGCGAGAGGGAAUGAAGUCCAGCAUGAAACAGUGGCGGAGGCUGCUGUUGUUGGCCAUGCUGGCCUGGGUUCUGGUCUUUCUCGCUCUGCUCUCCUACUUCCUGGACGCUCGUGUGGAUGAGACGCUGACCUCCGCCGGCUCUUUACUCUCCCAGCAUCCCGACACCAGGCGGCUGGCCUCCAUACAAGCCUCCAAUCAGCAGCAUCCCGUCUUUGGUUUGAGACCCGAACCGGCUUCGCUACAAUUGACUACAGCGUAUGUUAGAGACAAGCCGGGACCAGAGCCUUCCACCAGCUCCAUAACCCCAGAGACCAGCAUGGAGGUAAGCCAAGGCCCUUACCAGACUUACGGCAGCCAGGAGGCAACUCGCCAGGACUACUUGGACCCACAGAGCCUGGCUGCCUGGUCCUCCUUCGGGACAGAAAACGUGGGCUCUCAUUCAGACCCGGCAGUCCAGAGUCGCGAGAGAACGUACCAGAACCAUGCUGGUGCCACUCAAUACCAUGGCGGGGAGGAGGAAGAAGAUGGCACAGAAAAUGAAGAUCAAGAUCCCGGGAACACAAUUAGGACUGCUGUCGACAGGAGACAUGGUGGGAAGUCCUCCGACGUGGAAGAUUACUCUUUCUCCAAAUCUGCCUCUGUGGUGCAGCGGCUGUGGAAGGGCCGCGUGUCUGCCGGCAUGCUGAGUCCCCGACUGCAGCGCGCCAUGAAGGACUACAUGAGUGCCAACAAACAUCACGUUUCCUACACCGGACAUCGGAAAAGCUCUCAGAGUGCCAAAGAGCUGCUGUGUCAAAUGAAAGCCCAGGCUCAGCUGAAAACGGUGGACGGGUUGGAGGAGCCCUUCUACUCUCUGGGCUGGGCCGACUUUGUGCCGUCCCGUCCCCUGGGCCAGCUCAACAGGCAACGGGAGAGCGGUGGCUUUAAAAGCUGCGCAGUGGUCACCUCUGCGGGAGCCAUCCUGCGCUCUGGACUGGGCAAGGAAAUAGACUCCCAUGAUGCAGUCCUGCGGUUCAACGCCGCCCCCACAGAGGGAUAUGAGCACGACGUGGGAAACAAAACUACCAUCCGCAUCAUCAAUUCACAGAUUUUGGCAAAUCCCAGACAUGAGUUCAACACAAGCUCCAUCUAUAAGAAUGUAACGCUGGUGGCCUGGGAUCCUGCACCUUACGCUGUUAACUUACAUAAGUGGUAUGCCAGUCCGGACUACAACCUGUUUGGUCCGUACGUAGAUCACCGUAAGGCCCAUCCUGACCAGCCUUUCUACAUCCUUCACCCGAGCUACGUGUGGCGACUGUGGGAUGUGAUUCAGAGCAACACUCAGGAGAACAUCCAGCCAAAUCCCCCCUCGUCUGGCUUCAUAGGCAUUCUCCUGAUGAUGGCGCUGUGCGAGCAGACGCACGUGUACGAGUACAUUCCCUCCAUGAGGCAGUCCGACCUGUGCCAUUACCACGAGCGAUAUUACGACGCCGCCUGCACGCUGGGCGCCUAUCACCCCCUCCUCUACGAGAAGAACCUGAUCCAGCGCAUCAACAGUGGGCCCGAGAGCGACCUCCGGAGGAAGGGACGUGCGACCCUACCGGGCUUCAGCACCGUCGACUGUGACAUCUGAAACAUGAAAGCUUCUGAGCCCUGAAAAUAAAAACGCUUACACUGGCCUUUUUCUGGCUGACCAAGGGAGAGUUGCAAUAAAGCCACAGCAGACAAGAAGGCUGAAGCUUACUCGUUUCAAAUUAGCCCCAGGAAGAGCAUAAGCCAUAGCCCUCCAGGGAGGGAUUAGGUCGGAGGUUGUCUAAAGACCUUUUCUUCUUUAAUAAUAGUUUACUUGACCAGAGACUGGAGAUAGAAAACAAAAAAAAAAAAAAAAAAACAGCAACUCUGCUUUAGCUGAGCCACGUUAGCUGUGGAGCUGACUAGGGUAGCAACAAAUGAGUGUUUUAGAUAGAAAGUCGGUUUUUAAUAACUCGGUGUGUAUCAGUCAUGUACAAAACAAACAAAAUUUUACAGUACGGGUGGUAAUCCACUUAAAGGAAAAGCCACUGUGUAUUAACUGACAUUUCUUUUGCUAUUUUGUUUUAACAAUCCAGAGUGGUAUCCAUAAAUAACAAAGAAGAGUCGCUCUGAAUGUCCACAUACAGCAGCAACACUUGCAAAAGAAUGUGCAGUUUUGUUUUUUUUUGUUUUUUUUUUAACCGGAUCGUCUGAAUAUGUACAUAAAUCUUCCAGCAGAAUCAGAAGCGCUUUUACGUCGUCACGAGGGAUUUGUUUCUCCCUACUGCUGUCACGUUUGGUCUAAAAUCACUGUCCUCUGCACGACGACUGAAAGCUUCCAUUCUGAUCACAGGUUAUGGUUUUAUUAGGGUGCACUUGCUUUGUAAAAAUGAAAGUAAACGGAGAGGAGGAGCUGGGGGCAAAAAUAAAACGGGUGCUGAGAACGGCCAUCACCCCGUGCCUGGUGGUCAGCUGAACACUUUCCUCGGGUUGCCUUGUCACUGUUCAGACAAAUGCAGUAUGCUCUGUGGCAGAACCGCGUUGCCAUUCAGCGCUGAUUGUGAUGCCAUGUGGAGCAGCGGAUUUUCCUGCGGUCAUGUACAUCUUAGCUCUGCCUCAGAAAUCACCAGCCCCUGAGAUUUUAUUUCCCCCCACCCCCUCAGUUUACUCCUUAUUGAAUGUAAUUUUACCACUGCCUGUGUUGGCCAAACCUUCGCUGGAGCUCUGCUGUGUUGUCUGCAUACGUGCACCACAGGGAUGCUGCUUUGGGUAAAGUGCAUUCCUCGCAAUUAAACAUGGGUCGUAGUUCCAACAUCAACCACGGCUCAGAACGGAGACUGGGAUUUUGGGGGCCAGAAUCAAGUCCGGAUUUCCUUUGGUCCCGAGUUUAGAUUGGUUCAUAUGUUUACAGUGAGCCGGGGCCACACCUGGAGAUGGCUGUACAAGUCAGCGCAGGAAUGAAGGUCUCUGAAAGCAUUUGGCCUGAUACAAGUGUUUUUGAUAAAUGUGUGCAAUCGGUAGUAGUUUUAUAAAAAGAUGUGAAAAUGUUACAGGAAUGUUGCGUUGCAUGUGAAGAAAAGGACCACUGCAGUAAAGUAGUAGAAAGAAGUUGUUUCUGGGCUGGGUAUGUGUCAGUGUGUAUCGAGUGUACAAUCACACAGCUUUUUAAAAAGGUAUUCAGUCUUUAUUUUAUAAAAAUAACAAAAAAGUCCACUGCUAGACUUUACCUAUUGCUUUGGUGCCAUUUUUCACAGUUUUAUACGUGAUGUGUUCAUGGACAUUUUCUGAUUUUGUAAAUACUAUGAGAAACUACACUGAUCAGUCACCACUUAAAACCAUCCAUCUCACGGUGUAUAGCUGUAUCACCCCAUGCCUGAGUGGUCCGACAUGACCCACUGGCUGUUAACCAUUUGGAGUUUGUGGUUUUAGCAUCCCUGUGUUGUGAGACAUUGAUUCAGUGAAGUGUUCCUCUUUGUAAUUCAUGCUGAGACCACAAGCUCUUGUUGUUGUUGGUUUAAACCAAAGUAACUUUAUACUUUUUAAAAAUAAGAGAUGCUAACAAAAAUUUUAAUUACCAUUAGCACCACGAUGGA